CAGUGGUCACCAACCAGUCGAGAGCCUUCACUGUGGAUCCCAGUAAAGCUCUGGACUCACUGGCUGAGGUGUGAGGAGCAUCGACCUGCAGAGCCAGAUAAACAUUGGAACUGGUGUGAAAGAUCAUUUCACUGUGUUCUGCUGUAAACUGAGCGCAGAACCAGAAGGAAAUAGACCAGACCUUGAAUAUCUAGAAGAGCAGCGUGGCCUGAACCACAACUGAGCCGCAGCCGGUGCAACAUGGACGAGGACAUUAAGAGGAAAGUUGGACCAUCACACAAACCAGGUCAGGACCACAGACUGAGAGCAGAGUCUCCAGGGUCCAGCUGUCUGUCUCUGAAGAGUGACUGGUCAAAAGAACUUAAUCCUCCAGACUUCAGUAAUGAACCUGGACCCUCACCCACAGAGGAGAGGAAGAGGAGUCAUGUUUCUGAGGAGGAGCAGUCGUCCUGCUGUGCUUCGUGUCAGGAUGUCCUGAAGGAUCCAGUCUCCACCAGCUGUGGACACUGGUUCUGCAGACAGUGCAUCACCUCAUACUGGGACCAGUCUGGUUCUUCAGGAGAAUCCUCCUGUCCCCAGUGUGGACAAAGAUCCAGAACAGGAGCUGGAGCAGAUCGUGGUCUGCAGGAGGUUUCAGAUGAACAUCAGCUCAGUGUGAGGAGGAGAUGUGAACAUGUGACUGAAGGAAGUGAUGAAACAGGAAGUAGAACCCUCCUCAACAGGAUCUACACUGAGCUCCACAUCACAGAGGGACAGAGUGAAGAGGUUAAUACUCAACAUGAGGUGAGGCAGCUUGAGACGGCUUCCAAGAUGAAGAUCCUCCAGGACACUCCCAUCAAGGUCCACGACAUCUUUAAAGCCUCCACUGACCAGCAGAGCAGCAUCAGAGUCGUCCUGACCAACGGCGUCGCUGGCGUUGGAAAAACCUUCUCGGUGCAGAAGUUCACUCUGGACUGGGCAGAGGGUUUAGAGAACCAGGAUGUGGGUCUGCUGGCUGUGCUUUCGUUCAGGGAGCUGAACCUGGUGAAGGACCAGCAGCACAGUCUUCUCACGCUGCUCCAUGUUUUCCAUCCAGCGUUACAGAAGCUCACAGCAGAGACGCUCGCUGUCUGUAAACCUUUGUUCAUCUUUGACGGCCUGGAUGAAAGCAGACCUUCUCUGGACUUCAACCACAGGGAGCUUGUGUCUGAGGUCACACAGAGGUCAUCAGUCAACGUGCUGCUGACAAACCUCAUCCAGGGGAAUCUGCUUCCCUCGGCUCUCGUCUGGAUAACCUCCAGACCUGCGGCAGCCAAUCAGAUCCCUCCUACAUGUGUUGACAGGGUCACAGAAGUACGAGGCUUCACUGACGCCCAGAAGGAGGAGUACUUCAGGAGGAGAUUCAGUGAUGAAGAGCUGUGCAGCAGAAUCAUCUCACACAUCAAGACGUCCAGGAGCCUCCACAUCAUGUGUCAAAUCCCAGUCUUCUGCUGGAUCAGUGCUACAGUUCUGGAGCACAUGUUGACCACAGACCAGAGAGGAGAGCUGCCCAAGACCCUGACUGACCUGUACUCACACUUCCUGCUGGUUCAGACAAAGAGGAAGAGCAACAAGUACGGUGAGGGACAUGAGACGACUCCACAGCAGCUGAUGGAGGCUGACAGGGACGUUCUCCUGAAGCUGGGGAGGCUGGCGUUUAAACAUCUUAGGAAAGGAAGCAUCAUGUUCUACCAAGAAGACCUGGAGCGGUGUGGUCUUAAUGUCACAGAGGCCUCAGUGUACUCAGGAGUUUGUACUGAGAUCUUCAGAAGAGAGUGUGUGAUCUUCCAGAAAUCAGUCUACUGUUUUGUUCAUCUGAGUGUUCAGGAGUUUCUGGCUGCAGUCUACAUGUUCUACUUUUACACACACACUGAAGAACUCAACAACUUCUGGGGAACAGAUGUGGACACAGACAGUACCUUCUCCCUGGAUGACCUCCUGAAGAGAACCAUGGAGAAAUCCCUCACCAGUACAAAUGGUCAUCUGGACCUGUUUGUUCGCUUCCUUCAUGGCCUCAGUCUGGAGUCCAACCAGAGAGUCUUAGGAGGCCUGCUGGGUCGGACAGAGAACAAUCCAAAUAUCAUCAAGAGAAUCAUCAACAACCUGAAGGAGAUGAAGAGUGAUGACAUUUCUCCUGACAGAAGCAUCAACAUCUUCCACUGUCUGACUGAGAUGAACGACCACUCAGUUCAUCAGCAGAUGAAACAGUUCCUGACGUCAGAGAACAGAUCGAAGAAGAAACUCUCUGUGAUCCACUGCUCAGCUCUGGCCUACAUGCUGCAGAUGUCAGAGGAGGUUCUGGAUGAGUUGAACCUGAAGAAGUUCAACACAUCAGUCCAGGGUCAAUGGAGACUGAUCCCAGCUGUGAGGAACUGCAGGAAGGCUCAACUCUGUGGUUGUGAACUCUCAGAGACUCAGUGUGAAGUCGUGGCCUCAGCUCUGAAGUCACACCCCUCACAUCUGAGAGAACUGGAUCUGAGUAGAAACUUCCUGCAGGAUUCAGGAGUGAAGCUGCUGUGUUCUGGACUGGAGAGUCCAAACUGUCGACUGGAGACUCUGAGGUUGAUUCGCUGCAGUCUGACAGAUAUCAGCUGUUCUUCUCUGGCUUCAGCUCUGAGGUCAAACCCCUCUCAUCUGAGAGAACUGGAUUUGAGCUACAACAAUGACCUGCAGGACUCAGGAGUGAAGGAGCUGUGUAGUUUUCUACAGAGUCCAACCUGUCAACUGGAGACUCUGAGGUUCUGGAACUGCAGUCUGCCAGGGAUCAGCUGUUCUUCUCUGGCUUCAGCUCUGAGGUCAAACCCCUCUCAUCUGAGAGAACUGGAUCUGAGGUACAACGACCUGCAGGACUCAAGAGUGAAGGAGCUGAUUGAUCUAAAGCAGAGUCCAACCUGUCGACUGGAGACUCUGAGGUGGCAGGGGGGAUCUUUGAGCUGGUGAGUGUGAAGAGGACAGUGUGUGUGGACGGAGGGUGAGCUGUGUCCUGAGGAUCCAGAGGCUGAAGCAGCAGCAGCUUGUGUGUAGUCUCCAAUCUACACAACCCCUAAUCUGCAUGUGUUUGUGAGAUGAAGCCGGAGCACCUGGAGAAAACACGGGGAGAACAUGCAGACUCCACAUAGGAAGACCCCAUCUGAACCGGAUUCAAACCUGUCAAGGAUAUAUGAUAUAUUAUAUGUGAUGUUGUGAUACGUGAUGUAGUGAUAUAUGAUGAUGAUGGCUUUACUGGUGCCAUGUGCUUGGCCCUAUUGUAAGUCGAAGGAUUUGUAUUUUCCUUUUGGGGUCAGGGCCUCAUUUUGAUUAUUUCUAUAAAUGAUAUAUUGUGAAUUUAACCAGCUACAGAAGUUACAUCAUUGUUCCUGAUGCUGCUGGGGAGUUAAAUAGAGAAAUACUGUCCUCACCUGGUUACAUUGUGGUAUUGCACGGUACCACGGUUCUCCGGCAGUGGCAGGAAAAUAGUCAAACAUAUAAUCAAAACAGCAAAAUCUUGUCCUCUGGUAAAUAUAAUUAAAAGUAAUUGCCCACCAUGAGAGAUAAAGCUUUAUUUUCUAUUAAACCUAUGCUAACAACUAAAUGCUACUGGUAAAAUAACUUUACCAGUGCUGCUAUAUUAUACACCAGUUUGCCAGUAGUGAAUUGCUGAGCCCUAUGUCUCACUCAGUGAGGCUUGAUGAUGCAGGUACUUUAAUAUAUAAACCUUUUGUUAUAAAGGUCACAUUACUGUCUGACUGCUCAGCUGCUCAGCUGAAACCCCUGUGUUUGUGUUUGUCUGUCAGUAGAUGAUACACAGGGAACAAAAGGAAAACAACUUCAUUGUUGAAUAUUUUUGUAUUGUUUAACUAAAAUAAAUUGGAAACCAGCUGGUAACAAA